AAUUUUAAUUUCGUGCUUGAGGUCGGCGGAGUAACUACAAAAUGCACAAACAAGUGCUUUUGUUUUGAAAAUACCGACCGGAAAACCCUUUCAGCUUGUUUGUUACUAAAGACCCGUUUCACGGAGAAGUAAACAGGAACAAACAGGAAUAAAUAGGAAUAUAUAGGAGUAAACAGGAAUAAACAGGUGAGAGGUUGUUCCCUUGAAUGUCAUCUUUGUUAUUCUCCGAGUGUUUUUGAACUGUACAUUCUCAGUACCAAACUCAGUUAAAAAUAUGUCCGAAGAAAGGCUCAUCAAAACACAGACACAGCAGACUAAAUAGAGAAGCUGUUGGACGUUUGAUUGACUGUCGGAAGCUUUCUUGUCAAUACUGCAUGGAUUUUGUUCACUUACGAUCGUCGGGUACUUGUGAAUUAAGGGAAACGACCAAAAUACUCUUCCGAUAGGAAGAUAACACUAAAUUGUGACAUUUCUGAACGAAGUUCGGUGUAGACCCGCCCGACAGUUUUCCGAAUAAACUUACAGAGAAACCUUAAGUUUAGAGUUUGUCUUUAGGAACUAAAAUACUUGGACUAACUGAGUAUCCUAAUGUGAUUGAACAACUGCCAGGGUUUAAAGGUAGAAACAGAGAAAAACUCACCUGUGUGCCCGCGUGUGUGACUGCCGGCCUGAAGACAGAAAUGAAAGUAAAAUGACUGUGUGUGUUUGUGUGUGUGUGUGUGUGUGUGUGUGUCCUGAACAUGCCCGGGCUGGUUUCUGUCCUGAGCCUCUGUGCUUAUACAGAUUACUUCAGUCUGUGUUGAUCAGCUGGUUUAAUGUCCUGGGUGUCCUUGAAUGUGAAUUCAUGAAACAGCUGUGUGGGGUAUCAUUGUCAGAUUAUUGAUCAUAGAUAAACUAACAGUCCUGAUGAUAUAAACAUUGUUCUGUUGAAUUUUUCAUGGGAUUUUGUCAUGUAGUUAGAAUGGCUGAGCAGUUUUAGGAGCAGUGUCCAGGUUGUAGUUUCCACUAGAGGUAUGGGUUCAAAUCCCCCUGUGUCAAAAGAGAGAAUCUCUUUUAGUUCAGAUUAUUAAGGCAUAAACACACUACAGUGUAAACCACCUGGUUUGUGUGUCAGACAGUUUAUGUUUAAAAGAAAAGCUGGGUAAUCGUGUAAUAUUAGUAAUCAGAUUUAAGACUCGGGUUUGUGGGAUUCUGAGUCUGACACAAAUCCAGACCCUGAAUAUAAUCACAUCUCUGAGUCCUGGACCUGUAGACAUGAAGUCUAUAAUAAAACACUAAAGACUGUGUGUAUGCACCCACGGACAUUUUUGCCCUCAGGCUGUUGUGUUUUCUGUCCUGCAGCAGCUCAUGUCAGUCUCACAGAUCCGUCCUGGUUUGUACCUCUGUGGUCUGGAUUCAGCUCUGAAUGCUGGCGUCCUCUCCAGCAGGAAGGUCACACUCGUGGUUAAUGCCUCAGGGCUGGAGGACUUGUCCUACCCUCAGCUGGACGGUCUGCAGGUCCUCCAUAUCCCCAUUCAGGACCAGCCCCAUGCCCCUUUAGGACAGUACUUCGACCUGGUGGCUGAACGGAUCAACCAGAACCACACAGGGACAACUCUGGUUCACUGCAGCACUGGCAGGAGCCGAUCCCCUACCUUGAUCAUGGCCUUCCUGAUGAAGUAUAGCCCACCCCCCCACACAAACAUACUCACACACAAACACUCACGCACACACACACACAUGUGCACCAUUGAUCAGGUGAUUUUUUUCAACCCAUCAGGGUUGAUGGGUUGAAAAAACCACCAGAGCGGUGGUUUCCCACUUAGCCGUGUGGCUCUGAGAGCAAGUAUGGGCAGGGAUGUUCCUGAUUGAUAAGAACUUGUGGUAACACUUUACUUGACACCUAUCUCUAUAACGCAUUAUAAAUAUAUGUAUAAUGCAUUAUAAUCACGUCAUAGCACUGUAUAAGUAUAGUUGUAAACACUCAUAAAUGAUCGUAAUGCUUUAUAGCAACAAUCAUAACACAUAAUGAAGCAUUUUAUUAUGACUUACAAGGUCAGGUUUUAUAUUGUGUUAUGCUUAUUGUUAUAAAUCCUGAUAAUUAAUCAGUGAUUAUAAUAAUAGUUAUACAAGUUUAUAAGCAAAUUAUAACGCAUCAUAAAUAUAUGUAUAUGUGUGCAUUGUCAGUAAGCUAUUAACAGUUAUAACACAUUAUAAUACCUGACUUUGUAAGGCAUGAUAAAAUGCUUUAUAAUGUGUUAUUAUUAUUGCUAUAAAGCAUUAUGUUCAUUUAUGAGUGUUUAUAACUAUAGUUAUACAGUGCUAUAAAGUGAUUAUAACGCAUUAUACAUACAUUUAUAAUGCAUUAUAGAGAUAAGCGUCAAAUAAAGUGUACCGAACUUGUCUUUGAUAUAAUUGCUAUCAGCUGCUCAUUUAUAGUUUAUAAUUGUACAUAUUGCAUUUUCUUGACAUUACUGGAUAUUUUUAUUAUGCCCUUGAAGGUUCGAGGGUCACAGCCUCCGCCAGGCUUAUGAGCUGGUUCUGGAGCAGCGGCCAUUCAUCCGACCCAAUGCUGGGUUCUGGAGGCAGCUGAUAGACUAUGAGACGACCAGGACCGUCAGGACCACAGUGAGGAUGGCAAAGACGUCCAGUGGAGUCCUGCCUGAAGUUCUGGAGGACUCUGAAGACUCAAACAGUGCUGCAGCGUACUGCAUCAAUGCCUGACAGAUCCAGAUCUGACUCAGUCUAGACCUGGACUCAUCAGCAGGCACCUGCUGUAGUAUCAGGUCAGCUAUGAGACAGAGUAGAUGUCUGUGAACCACGGUCAGGAUUCAUGUGAGACAUCUGUGAAUAUUUCAGACUGACAUGUUGGUUUGAUAAAAUCAUGAUGAGUGGAGUGUCUCAAAACUAGACGUUUGUUCCUCUCAGACCUCAGCCUGAUGUUUAAAACUGAAGAUCUAACGGGGCUGCUGUCAGUCCACCUAUCACUGAUCCACAUGUUGACUAUAGACGUGUUUAGUUUUAGUCAUACUGCUUUAUUCCUGCUGUCUAAUCUCACCUCCAUGUAUCUAAGUCAUGUUCAGAGGGUAAAAACUGAGUUAGCAAAGUGAACCAUUUUUACUGUAGAAAUUUUCUGUUUUACUGCAGGAGAGUUGUCAGAAUAAUGUGUAUAAAUGUAUAUAGAAGUUAUCAUCUUACUCAAAUUCUUAUGUAAGAGUUUGCUACAAGUAUGGACUGUUUUAACCUCUUGUUACACAUCAUAUAAGAGUGUUUUCUAACUUCUCUCUCCAAUAGCUUUAUUACACAGCACAUGAAUGUUUCUUAACUUCUCUGUGACCUUGUUUCUCCUAUUAGCAGGUGUGUGUGUGUGAUGUAUCCUCCACUGUGAAUCGUGGGAAGUAAUCCGCUCCUAUCAGAAGGAGCUUGUUUAAUGUCAACAAUGUUGCCUUGACCCUCACAUAUUUUCUGUUGUUCAUAAUUAUGCUUUAUGAGAGUGCUUACGUUGCUGCACAUAUUUUUCUCCCAUCCUUUAGUAACAUUGUGUAACCAGGGACAACCCUAAAUAAAGAGACUGGGUGGAAAUACCUUCAGAAUGGUUUUGAGAUUGUAACUGAAACUAUCUCUGUCCAUUCUCCUCGAGUAAGAAA